CCUUGCCUACUCUAUAGUUUAUUAAAGGAAAAGAGACAAAAAGAGGCAGCAAAGCAGGAUAUCAGAAAAGUUCGUGGGCCCGAUGGACAACCGAUUUAUCUCACAAAGGAAAAUGUCACUAAAAUCUAUGGAGAAUAUGAAGGGUCGAAAAUCGAAUUGUUUGAGCAAUUAGAGAAGAGCUUUACUAAGGAACAGCGGCAUCAAAUGAAUAGCGCCGGUUACGCAGUGCUUUCCCCAGCUCAGAGGGAACUUAUCUAUGGUCCAAACUCUCCUAUGAACGAUUCUAUAGCGUUGGAUAGAAUGCGUAACGUGACGAACGAUGUUGUGCACCGCACCGUAAGAGAUACGAUACGCUUCGUCGGUGCUGGGGAGUUGCGAUAUGAGGUGCACGAUGGUGUUGGAAAGUUAGCUCCAGUGGUAUCACGACGUCAAAAGCGUCAGGCUAGAGUAUUAAACCCUCUAGUACUCCAGGCUAUCGUUAAUGAUCCUGCAGGAGCGAGUGCCCCGUUGAUCCUAUCCCCUGUAGUGUUAUCCGCUCUUAUCAACUCUCCAGCUGUCUUUGGAGCCAUCGUACUUUCCCCAUUUGUUUUCCUUCCUCUCAUAACUUCACCUCGUGUACUCUCACCUAUCAUUCUAACCCCCGCCAUAGGUACCCCCAUCAUUCUUAGUCCUCUAGUUCUAGACCCAUUUGUUCUCUCACCUGGUGUAAUGAAUCCUUUUGUACUUUCGCCAUUUGUUCUUACCCCAUUGAUACUGUCGCCUCAAGCACUGACUCCCCUAAUUUUGUCUCCAUUUGUACUUAGCCCUCUUGUAGGGACCCCAAAUGCUUUGUCCCCUCUUGUUCUCUCACCAUUUGCUGCGUCACCUCUAGUUUAUUCUACACCGAUUUUAUCAGCAUUAGUAUUAUCGCCACAUUUCCUUUCUCCAAAUAUUCAUUCACAAGGUAUUGCUUUCACGUCUGUAUUAUCGCCAGCGUAUUUAAGUUAA